GAUGAAGCACCGAACGAUUAAUACUAAUGCACAUGUAAAUGAACAAUACAUUGUCACCAGAAAUGAGAAAACCUCGGGUUUUAGAAAUGUUCAUACACCAAUAACCGCAGAGUCGUUGCGUGACUCAUCAGUCAAGUUCACACUUUGGGCAAUAAAUAUCACCCUAUAUAAUACGAAUCCCACUCUCGCUCUCAUCAACACCAUUUAUCACCACCAUUAUUCUCUUCUGAAUUAUUCACUGAAGAAACCCUAGCUCUGUUUCUUCAUCUUCUAUCGCGUGAAUUUUAAUGGCAGAGGUUCGAGUGACUAUGGAGGUCGGGAGCGACGGUGUUGCGAUCAUCACCAUCUCUAACCCUCCAGUCAAUGCGCUGGCCAUCCCAAUUAUUGCCGGUUUGAAGGAGACAUUUGACGAGGCGAUGAGGAGAGAUGAUGUGAAAGCUAUUGUUUUGACUGGCAAAGGUGGGAGGUUUUGUGGUGGUUUCGACAUCAAUGUUUUCCAAAGUGUUCACAAGACUGGGGAUAUCAGUCGUUUACCAGAUGUAUCCGUUGAACUUGUGGUCAACACGAUUGAAGAUGCCAAGAAGCCUGCAGUUGCUGCCGUGGAAGGACUGGCACUUGGAGGUGGCUUAGAAUUGGCAAUGGGCUGCCAUGCACGUAUUGCUGCACCAAAAGCUCAACUUGGGUUGCCAGAGCUGACACUUGGAGUUAUGCCUGGGUUUGGAGGAACACAGCGGCUUCCAAGGCUUGUUGGGCUGCCAAAGGCUAUUGAAAUGAUGCUGUCAUCUAAACCAAUAAUGUCCGAAGAAGGGAAGAAGCUAGGUCUUGUUGAUGCUGUUGUGUCUUCUCAAGAAUUGUUGAGCGUAGCUCGACUAUGGGCUUUAGACAUUGCGAAUAGACGCAAACCCUGGAUGCGUUCUCUUCACAAGACAGACAAGCUUGGUUCCUUGUCUGAAGCGCGUGAGAUAUUGAAAGUUGCAAGACAACAAGCCAAACGGACUGCUGCAAACUUGCCUCAGCACCAGGCAUGCCUUGACGUGAUUGAGGAAGGCAUUGUUCAUGGAGGGUAUAGUGGGGUUUUGAAGGAGGCCAAAGUAUUUAAGGAGCUAGUCAUAUCAAAUACUUCAAAAGGUCUUGUUCAUGUAUUUUUUGCCCAACGUGCAACAUCAAAGGUACCUAAUGUUACUGAUGUUGGCCUCAAACCUAGGCCUGUAAAGAAAGUUGCUGUAAUUGGUGGAGGUUUAAUGGGUUCUGGCAUAGCUACAGCUCUUAUAUUGGGCAACAUAUAUGUGAUUCUCAAGGAAGUUAACUCUGAAUAUCUUCAGAGGGGCAUUAAAAUCAUAGAAGCAAACGUCCGAGGCUUAGUUACAAGAAAAAAAUUGGCACAGGAUAAGGCGGACAAAGCCCUCUCAAUGCUUAAAGGUGUUUUGGACUACUCAGAAUUUAGAGAUGUAGAUAUGGUCAUAGAGGCUGUCAUUGAGAAAGUUCCACUGAAGCAAACAAUAUUUAGUGAAAUUGAGAAGGCUUGCCCUCCCCAUUGCAUUUUGGCUACAAACACAUCUACUAUUGACCUCAACUUAGUGGGGGAAAAGACCAGCUCUCAAGAUCGCAUCGUGGGGGCACAUUUUUUCAGUCCUGCUCAUGUGAUGCCUCUCCUGGAAAUCGUGCGGACUGAAAAGACUUCUGCACAAGUAAUUCUUGAUCUCAUGACAGUUGGAAAAAUCAUAAAGAAAGUACCCGUUGUGGUGGGAAACUGCACUGGCUUUGCUGUCAAUCGAACUUUCUUUCCAUACACUCAAGGCGCGCAUAUUUUGGUCAAUUUGGGUGUGGAUGUAUUCAGAAUCGACAGGCUAAUCAGCAGUUUUGGCCUCCCUAUGGGUCCAUUCCAGCUUCAGGAUUUAGCCGGAUAUGGAGUUGCCCUUGCUGUUGGGAAAGAAUUUGCUACUGCUUUUCCAGAUCGGACGUUCCGAUCUCCUUUGGUUGGUCUUCUGGUGGAAAGUGGGCGAAACGGUAAAAACAACGGAAAAGGAUACUACAUAUAUGAGAAGGGAAGCAAGCCAAAACCUGAUCCUUCAGUGCUACCAAUCAUUGAGGAGUCUAGAAGGCUCACCAAUAUUAUGCCUGGUGGAAAGCCUAUAUCUGUUACUGACCAAGAAAUUGUGGAGAUGAUACUCUUUCCGGUGGUUAAUGAAGCGUGUCGGGUCAUGGAUGAAGGAGUAGUGGUUCGAGCAUCAGACCUUGACAUUGCAUCUGUUCUAGGAAUGAGUUUCCCUUCUUACCGUGGUGGUCUGGUAUUUUGGGCUGAUACAGUUGGGCCUAAGCAUAUAUAUACAAGUCUCAAGAAGUGGUCGGAGUUAUAUGGUAACUUCUUUAAACCAUCCAGGUUUUUGGAAGAACGAGCAACAAAAGGCCUGCCACUAAGUGCACCAGCUUCAACUUCUUCUGCUUCAAGGUCACGCCUUUAGGCAAUAAAUCUGCACCGGUCUAGUUUUCCAUCAUAUUGAGUUUUGUGAAAAAUAAAUCUGUUUGUUGCUCAAAAAAAUAUAUGAAAGUUCUAAAUGCAAUAAGAAUCCUGUUUCAAGAAGUGUGCAUGUUUUAUUCCUUCUAACGUUCUUUCCAGUCCUAGUGACACAUUGAUGGCUAAAAUGGGUCAUUGUAUCCUACAAUGAAAUUAUUUUUUGAAGUCCAUUACAUGUGUGGAAGAGUUUCAAUAAAGUUAAUUUUCCAUUCAGGAGA